GUGUUUCUACGUGUCACUAUCGAAUGCGUCGUUCGAUCGGGUCGUGCUGAAACUGCUGGGAAGGAAAGCCGCCUGUGAGCAGUAUGCUUUUGUGAUCUUGCAGGUCUCUCAUCUCGGAACGGUGCUUGCAGGAACCAGCCUUCUUUCUCGCUCAGCGUGGCCUACGCACGAUGUCGCCCGAAAUGGCUUCGCAUGCACCUUUCUUCUCUGACGAUGCCAGUCGCGUAUGGCUGCCGAAGCGCGACCAUCGCACCAUAGGUUGGCCGCUGACCGACAGUCCCCUGCCACUCCUCGUGAUCACGGCCGCGUACGUGUACUUCGUCAAGGUGGCCGGUCCCCGCUGGAUGUCCCGGCGCAAGCCGUUCGAGCUGAAGGCCUGCAUCCUCGUCUACAACCUGUCGGCCACCCUCCUCAGCGCGUUCUUCGUGUGUCGUUUCGUGAAGCUCGCUUACUGGGACCUGGGCUACACCUUCCUGCAGGACCUGGAUAUGACCGACUCUCCAGCCAACCUGGAGAUUGUGCACUUGUCCUGGUGGUUUUACAUGUUCAAAGUCUUCGAGCUCGCCGACACCGUGUUCUUUGUGCUGCGUAAGAAGAACCACCAGGUCAGCGCGCUGCAUGUCGUGCACCAUGUGACCGUCGCCUGGAACUUGUGGCUGAACGUGGCCUAUGGAGGCCAGUCGCACGAGAUGUUCAUAAUGUGCCUGAACGCGUUUGUGCACGUGUUCAUGUACGCGUACUACUUCCUCGCGGCGCUCGGUCCAGCCUACAAGCACCUGCUGUGGUGGAAGAAGUACAUGACCAUGAUGCAGAUCUUGCAGUUUGUCCUCAUGUUUGUGCAGUCCGUCGGCAUGGUGUUCGCCGAGGGGAACUACGUUGGCCUCUUCGUGUGGACUUUGGUGGCGCACGCGAUCCUGUUCUUCGUGUGGUUCGUCGUGUUCUACAUUCAAUCUUACUCCAGGAAGAAGCAGUAGGUCCAUGCACCAUUCCGUCAGUGAACCAACACGCAGUUUUUUUUUCUUUAAGUUUCUUGACCUUAAGUUAUUUGGGCUACAUUGAAAGUAAAGAGUGGCUGAGAUUUUCCGAAAGUGUGUUCUGUGUUGCGCUGUACCAGUUUUAGAGUGUUGAAGAUACUUUUUUAUGCUUAUAGAAUUCUCCUUUCAAGACAUUAUUGUUUCUGCACUGAGUUACCCUGCGGUGCCAUGCUACAUAAAAUUGAGUUUCGUAGUUUUG